AUGGAUGCUUCUGCUGCUAAGCCGAUUGCUAUAGAAAUUAGCAAUCAAUUGAGUGCUACAACAGCUAUCAAUAGAGCAUCAUGUAACAUGUUGUCUACUCCAACUCUCUCAAAAAAGUUGUCCAAUGCUGACAAGGCCAUUACUGAAAACCAAGGUGAACUCUCAAAGGCACAAACUGCGUAUAUCAAAACUCGCGAGGAGAACCAGGGAAUUAAUGCCAUCCUGGACGAUAUUAAGCAACAGUCCUUAGAGCUAGAAAAAACAUUUGAACAAAUUGACCAACUGGAGAUGUUUGUCAAUCACGUCAAGGAUACCUUCAAUCAAGUGGCUGACUGCGUGGGAUCGAUGGAAAAGAGCGUUCUGGCCAACAGUGGCUUAUCUGUAGGAUCCAUACCGAUGUCUUUUAAAUUUGUGAGCGUCUUUGGGACUGGAGCUAGUGGUUAG